GUCCCGAGGAUAGGCAAAGUGGGGCGGGCGCGGGACGCGUGCGGGAUUGCGGCUGCAGCGGCGCACGCGGGCACCUGGGAGCGGCGGGCUGCUGCCGGAGGUGUUGGAGACUGGCUCCCGGGGGCUGUUAGGAUCUUCCCUCCGGCCCGGGUGCUCAGAACGCUGGAGGACUCGCUUUUCUAGGGACUUGAUGCGAAGUGCUGACCCCGCGGAGCAGGCGGGGCAGCUCCGGUACUCCUCGGGGACCACUGUGCUCCACGUAGAGGUGGGCGUGGGGGGCGGACAGGAAUUGAAGCGGAAGUUUGGGAAGCUUUAGGGUCGCUGAAGGAGGACCCCGGUUGGAGAGAGGAGCGGAACUCCUGGACAAGCCCUGACAAGCCAAGCCAAGGAUCCGCCGCGGCGCUGGUGGGUGAGCGCGCGCCGCCCCGCGGGGGCGGGGAGAGAGCCUGCAGCCUUCAGAACAGAUAUUGCUCAUUUUCUGGCAGUUCUCAGACGUAGGAAAUAAGUCAGCCCCGAAGCAGUGGUUAAACCGGAGGGCUCGGAAGAACGGCACUGUUUCUUUCUCGAAAAAGUUAUAUAGGGGCUGAAUGAGUUUCUGGAGGCUUGUUUACCUUUUUUUAUUGUCACACAGAAAAAGAAACUGUCGUCUCCCUUCCGGGAAUUCUCUCCUUAACACUGUUCUUACCUCUGUUGCUACAUUAUUGUCCAAAUGUGUUAAUGCCCAAGUGACUGAUAUCAGCUCCAAUGGAUUUGAAUUGAGGAAGAUCGUUACUACAAUUGAGACUCAGAACUUGGAAGGCCUGCAUCACGAGGGCCAAUUCUGCCGUAACCCCUGUCCUCCAGGCAAAAGGAAAGCUAGGGACUGCACAGUCAAUGGGGAUGAACCAGACUGCGUGCCCUGCCAAGAAGGGAAGGAGUACACAGACAAAGACCAUUUUUCUUCCAAAUGCAGAAGAUGCAGAUUGUGUGACGAAGGACAUGGCUUAGAAGUGGAAAUAAACUGCACCCGGACCCAGAAUACCAAGUGCAGAUGUAAACCAAAUUUUUUUUGUAACUCUGCUGUAUGUGAACACUGUGACCCUUGCACCAAAUGUAAACAUGGAAUCAUCAAGGAAUGCACACUCACCAGCAACACCAAGUGCAAAGAGGAAGAUUCCAGAUCUAAUUUGCUGUGGUUGUGUCUUCUUCUUCUCCUAAUUCCACCAAUUGUUUAUGUGGUGAGAAAGAAAGCAUGCAGAAAGCACAGAAAGGAAAACCAAGGUCCUCAUGAAUCUACAACCUUAAAUCCUGAAACAGCAAUAAAUUUAUCUGAUGUUGACUUGAGUAAAUAUAUCACCACUAUCGCUGGAGGCAUGACACUAAGUCAAGUUAGAGACUUUGUUCGAAAGAAUGGUGUCAGUGAAGCCAAAAUAGAUGAGAUCAAGAAUGACAAUGUCCAAGACACAGCAGAACAAAAAGUUCAACUGCUUCGUAAUUGGUAUCAACUUCAUGGAAAGAAAGAUGCAUGUGACACAUUGAUUAAAGGUCUAAAAAUAGCCGAUCUUUGUACUCUUGCAGAGCAAAUUCACACUGUCAUCGUCAAUGACAUUACUAGUGACACAGAAAAUUCGAACUUCGGAAAUGAAGUCCAAAACUUGGUCUAGAGCAAAAAACAACAAAUUCAGUUCUGAGUAUAUGCAGUUAGUGUUUGAAAAGAUUCUUAAUAGCUGGCUGUAAAUACUGCUUGGUUUCUUACUGGGUACAUUUUAUCCUUUAUUAGCUCUGAAGAGCCAACAUAUUUAUAGAUUUUUAAUAUCUCAUGAUUCUUCCUCCAAGGAUGUUUAAAAUCUAGUUGGGAAGACAAAUGUCAUCAAGAGUAAAUGCAGUGGCAUGCUAAGUACCCAAAUAGGAGUGUAUGCAGAGGACAAAAGAUUAAGAUUAUCUUCUGGUAUCUAACAUAUGAUUCUGUAGUAUGAAUGUAAUCGGUGUAUAUUAGUAAAAAUGUCUAUCCACAGGCUAACCCCAUUCCAUGAAUCAACAGAAGAAGCUAUGACCUUCUGUUGAAAUGUCAGUUACUGAACAGGCCACUUUGCCUCUAAAUUACCUCUGAUCAUUCUAGAGAUUUUACCAUAUUUCUAAACUUUGUUUACAACUCUGAGAGGAUCAUAUUUAUGUAAAGUGUAUGUAUUCGAAUGAAGAAUUUAAAUAAGGCUCUACCUCAAAGAAUUUUGCACAGAUUAAUCGUAUCAUAGUAUACAAUAUUUCAAUUGUGAAUUCACAUAGAAAACAUUAAAUUAUGGUGUUUUACUAUUAUAUAUGUGUAUGCAUUUUACCGGCUCAAAACCACCUACUUCUUUCUCAGGUGUCAAAAGCAUUUUGAGCAGCAGAGUAUUGCUAGAGCUUUGCCACUUCUCCAUUUUCUCCUUGGUGCUCAUCUUAAUGGGCCAAUGUACCCCCAAACAUGGAAGUAUCAUCAAAAAAUUACUUAAUCCACCAAAAGGCAAGACUGCCCUUAGAAAUUCUAGCCUGGUUUGGAGAUACUAACUGCUCUCAGAGAAAGUAGCUUUGUGACAUGUCAUGAACCCAUGUCUGCAAUCAAAGAUGAUAAGGUAGAUUCUUAUUUUUCCCCCACUCCCCAAAAUGUUCAAUAAUGUCCCAUGUAAAACUUGCUACAAAUGGCAGCUUAUACAUAGCAAUGGUAAAAUCGUUAUCUGGAUUUAGGAAUUGCUCUUGUCAUGCCCUGUAGGUUCUUAGAUUUAAAAGCCUUCUCAUUGCUGCUAUCCUACAAUUAAAUACUUUUGAAAGUUUGUAUUAAAUGUGAAUUUUAAGAAAUAAUAUUUAUAUUUCUAUAAAUGUAAACUGUGAAGAGAGUUAAAAACUGAAGCAGAUACCUAGAACCACCUAAAGAACUUCCAUUUAUAGAGGAUUUUUUUUGCCCCUUGUGUUUGGAAUUAUAAAAUAUAGGUAAAAAUGCCUAAUUAUAGUAAUGUUUUUGGUA